UUGUGGAGAUGAUUGUCAAUGUCGUCCUUUAGGUUUUCUAUUGGGUCUUCCUUUUGCCUUUGUCGCCCUUCUCCUCUCCAUCGUUGGUGUUGUUAUUUGGAUUGUUGGAAUUAUCUUGAGUUGCAUAUGUCCAUGCUGUAUUUGCGUAACAGUAUUGGUAGAGCUGGCUUUGGGAUUAAUCAAAGCACCCUUUUCGGUUAUGAAGUGGUUUACUGAGCAAAUUCCUUGUUAGAAUACACCUUGUAUAAAUUCAUCUCCCUAUUUUGUAGUAAUUCUUUUAUGUAAAUUUAUUUCUGUGGUGAGAGAAUAAAUUAGAUUUAUUUUAUCUCGUUAAAUUUGUCUCCUUUGCCUACAAAUUAUUCUUGAAAUUGAUUAGUAUUUUGUUUUC